AUAUUUAACAUCAUAAUCAAAAUGACGACUGAUAAAAACAUUAUCUUCAUCUUUGACUUCGGGUCACACCAAUCCGGGUCUAUGGUACGCUUCCUUCGUGGACUGGGAAUAACAUGCGAACUAUUCCCAGUGGAGAAGGCUGUUGAAACUCUUUCCGGACGUGUCCCAGCAGCAGUUAUACUUAGCGGUGGAUCAGAAAGUGUAAAGGAUGCGGAUUCUAUCAAGAUAGACAAGAAGAUUUUGGAAAUCUGUGCCUCUAAACAUGUCCCAGUCCUCGCAUUGGCUUACGCCAUGUACGCUCUUUGCGAAACCUUGGGAGGCAAAGUCACCAAGCUGGGCCCACAGGAAAGUGAAUACCGUAAGGAAAAUGUACACGUAGAAGCUGGAUCAGACUCCAUCCUUGAAGGCGUACCUUCCAGCUUCGUUGCACACGGAUGCCACCUCGAUAAAAUCGACUCCAUCCCAACUGGCUUCAAAGUAUCCAUGAAAGAUGCACAUGGAAACGUAGCUGGUAUUGUUAACUCACAGUCUAAUGUCAGAGCAUUCUGCUUCCACCCACAAGAGGUUGAAGAAGGAAAGGCUGAUAUGAUCAUGAAGAAAUUCUGCUUCGAACUUAGCCGCUGUGAAAAGACAUGGGAUAUGCGCAGCUACCACGAACAAACUAAGAAGGACGUUAUCAAGCAGUGUGGUUCCAAGAAAUUCGUCGUUGCAGGGCUCUCUGGUGGUGUGGACAGCACCGUCUGUGCCGCCAUUGUACACGAGGCCAUCAAGGAAAGGUUCCACGGUAUCAUGAUUAACACCGGUUUGAUGAGGUACCAGGAAACACAAAAGUGCUACGACAGACUUAAGGCUGAAAUCCCGGGUAUCCAGCUUACCAUCCGUGAUUCAUCAGCCGUAUUCUUCAAGGAACUUAAGGGCGUGCAUGACCCCGAAAACAAACGUAAGGUCAUUGGACGCGUGUACAUCGAGGAAUUCGAAAAGGCCAUGAAGGAGCUUGGUUACAACCACGACAACUGCCUGUUGCUACAGGGUACCAUCUACCCUGAUAUCCUCGAGUCUGACCUUAACAGAAGGAGCAAACUCCCAGUUAAGUCACACCACAACGUUGGAGGUCUUCCUGAAAACUUGAAAUUCGAACUCAUUGAACCCGUGCGCUUGCUGUUCAAGGAGGAAGUCAGGGAUUUGGGUAGACUAUUAGGUCUCUCUGAAACCACCUUCAAGAGACACCCAUUCCCAGGACCCGGUCUCGGUGCCAGGGUUUUGGGAGAACUCACUCCAGAACGUGUAGAAAUUGCCAGACAAGCUGACAGAUACAUGUUUGAAGAGCUUGAAGCCAGGGGUUUGGUUGACAAGGUGUCCCAAUGCGCCUGUGUACUUCUUCCCAACACCCGCUCAACUGGUUUGAGAAAUUCAGCCAGAGUUUACGGUAUGGUCGUAGUUGUGCGUAUCAUUAUGACCGUCGAUUUCGUUACCGCCAAAUUCGCAAGGCAUAUCGAUAUGGAGUGCUUGGCCGCAAUCUCGCGCAAGAUCACUGAAAAUAUCCCUGAAGUUAACAGGGUAUGCUAUGACAUUACUGACAAACCCCCAGCCACCAUUGAAUGGGAGUAAAUUAACAAAAUUAUUACCGCUACAAACAAAAAACCACUCUUCCGUCAUCUAUGCAGUUCUACAUUCUGAAUAGUUUUUCGAUUUAAACGCGCAGUUUAAUAUUUAAUGCUUGAAAAUAAA